UUCACCUAAAACGUCAGUGUUAUAAAAGCUAGGAAAGGUGAGAGAAAAGAAUGUUGGCAGCUCUUCGAUCAUCUUCUUCUUCCAGAGUCUUCCUCACCAGGCUUUAUCCUAAAUCUACUCUAGUUCGGCGUCGGUCUCCUUCAGGUUCCCGCUUCUCCGUCCGCUCAAUGUCUGACUCCGCGUUCAAGAAAGUCCAGAUUCAGAGAGAUGAUACAGUAUUUGAUGCCUAUGUGGUUGGUAAGGAAGAUGCUCCUGGGAUUGUUGUGUUGCAAGAGUGGUGGGGUGUUGAUUUUGAGAUCAAGAACCACGCAAUUAAAAUUUCUCAACUAGACCCAGGAUUCAAGGCCCUUAUCCCUGAUCUGUAUCGUGGAAAAGUCGGUUUGGAUGUUGCAGAAGCACAACACUUGAUGGAUGGUCUUGACUGGCAAGGUGCUGUAAAGGAUAUUUGCGCUUCGGUUAAUUGGCUCAAGGAAAAUGGCUCAAAGAAGGUUGGCGUAACUGGAUUUUGCAUGGGGGGUGCUCUCUCAAUCGCAAAUGCUGUUUUAGUACCUGAGGUUGAUGCAGUUGUGGCCUUUUAUGGGGUUCCUUCUUCAGAGCUUGCGGACCCUGGCCAAGCAAAGGCACCUGUUCAGGCUCAUUUUGGAGAGCUAGAUAAUUUUGUUGGAUUUUCUGAUGUGAGGGCCGCAAAGGCUUUGGAGGAAAAGCUGAAAGCAUCAGGAGUUCCUUAUGAGGUUCACAUUUAUCCCGGCAAUGCACAUGCUUUCAUGAACAGAUCUCCAGAAGGCGUGGAGAGGAGGAAAAGCAUGGGAAUGCCCGAUGAAGAUGAAGCUGCUGUCGAGCUUGCAUGGUCUCGCUUCAAGUCAUGGAUGACUAGGUACUUAAGUAGCUAAUUACCUUCAAGUUAACCGUAAGUGGCUGUUAGUUAAAGAGCAGGCAUUAGAAUGCCUGUAGUUUGCUGGGUUUUCACUUCGUAAACUGCAUGUCUAAAUGAACUGUUACGAUUUCCCCGGAUGUAGAGGUUUUUCUAUAAUAAAUUAAAGCUUUGCACUACAAAUAUGGUGAUAUAUCUA